GGAAGAAGCUUGAGCAGAAAGGCCCGGAAGGGGACGCCACUGCUGGUGUGGAGUGGUUUUCGCUAAAAUGACGACUUUAGUUUUGGAUAACGGAGCCUACAAUGCUAAAAUCGGGUACAGCCAUGAAAAUGUCUCGGUUAUUCCUAAUUGUCAGUUCAGGUCAAAAACAGCUCGUCUUAAAACAUUUACUGCUAACCAGAUAGAUGAAAUAAAAGAUCCUUCAGGACUCUUUUACAUCCUUCCUUUUCAAAAGGGCUACCUGGUAAAUUGGGAUGUUCAGCGACAAGUUUGGGAUUACCUUUUUGGAAAAGAAAUGUAUCAGGUUGAUUUUUUAGAUACUAAUAUUAUUAUCACAGAACCAUAUUUUAACUUCACUUCAAUUCAAGAAUCAAUGAAUGAAAUCCUAUUUGAAGAAUACCAGUUCCAAGCAGUAUUACGAGUAAAUGCUGGAGCUCUGAGUGCACAUAGGUAUUUCCGAGAUAAUCCUUCUGAAUUGUGCUGUAUUAUUGUAGACAGUGGAUAUUCUUUUACACAUAUAGUUCCUUAUUGUAGAAGUAAAAAGAAAAAAGAAGCAAUUAUUCGGAUAAAUGUGGGAGGAAAACUCUUAACCAACCAUCUGAAGGAGAUCAUCUCCUACAGGCAGCUACAUGUUAUGGACGAAACACAUGUUAUUAAUCAAGUGAAAGAAGAUGUGUGCUAUGUGUCUCAGGACUUUUACAGAGACAUGGAUAUCGCAAAGCUAAAAGGAGAAGAUAAUACAGUGAUGGUAGACUAUGUUUUACCUGACUUUAGUACAAUUAAGAAGGGCUUUUGUAAGCCAAGAGAAGAGAUGGUCUUCAAUGGAAAAUACAAGUCUGGGGAACAAAUUCUGCGUCUGGCCAAUGAGAGAUUUGCUGUUCCAGAAAUACUCUUCAAUCCUUCCGACAUAGGCAUUCAAGAGAUGGGGAUUCCAGAAGCCAUAGUCUAUUCUAUUCAGAACUUACCUGAAGAAAUGCAGCCACAUUUUUUUAAGAACAUCGUUUUGACAGGUGGAAACUCCCUUUUCCCAGGAUUUAGAGACCGAGUCUACUCAGAAGUUCGAUGUCUGACUCCAACAGAUUAUGACGUUUCCGUUGUGCUGCCGGAGAACCCUAUUACUUAUUCCUGGGAAGGUGGAAAACUGAUAUCAGAGAAUGAUGAUUUUGAAGAUAUGGUGGUAACAAGAGAGGAUUAUGAAGAAAACGGACACAGCGUCUGCGAAGAGAAAUUUGAUAUUUAAGGAACUUUUCUGAAUGCAAGUCCCAAUGGGUUGUAAUUGAAAAAGUUUCAUUUCAGUUUUUCUUUUAAAGAAGCUUCUAUGUUACCUUUUGUUUAAGGAAUUAAGUCUUGAACUCAUGUAAAUACUUUGAUCCGGGCCAGGGAUUUAGCUCAGCGGUAUAAGCACCUGCCUGGCAAGUGUGAGGUCGCAGGUUUGAUCCCUGGUACCAAAACAAAAAUACUUUAACCUGUGCUUUCGUAGGAAGGUUAUUACAGUAAACUAUAACUGCCUGUAUUUUCAUUUAGGACCUGCACUGCCGUAACAGUGACUGUGCUACUUUUGAGGGUAGGUUAUUUUUCAUUAGCAGUGAAAGUGAAUGUAGUUGAAUUCUUCAUACCUGAAGGCCAAAUUUACCGUCCCCGUGGUCAGUUGCCUAUGUAGAGAAGGUAGUUUUGAAGCUUUUGACUAAUAGUUGACCAAAGUGUUCAUAGGUUUAUGUGGGUUUUUCUGUCUCUCAGAACUGCAUAUUUUGUUUAAAAGGUGUCAUUUUUGCUGGGCAUAAUGGUGCAUGCUUGAAAUCCCUGCUUUUGGGAGGUUGAGGCAGAAUUGCUGUGAGUUCAAGGCCAGUCCCAGCUACCUAGUGAGACCUUGUCUCAAAAAAAAAAAAAAAGAAAGAGGGGCUGGAGGUUUAGCUCAGCGGCGUAAGCGCCUGCCUUGGAAGCAGGCAGUCAUGAGUUCGAUACCCGGUACUGAUAAAAAGGAAAAAGACCAAAAAGAAAGAAAAAGAUGUCAUUCUUAUUCAUGUUCAAUAAAGUUGGAAAAACUAA